UGUGUCAGUCUUUUCAGGAAGAUCUGGCUGAUUUGGGUGCUAGAAAAAUAUGUAUAUAUUUUACAAAAACGUAAACUCAGUUUGGGAAGAGAAACUAUGCCUCUUGAAGAGCUAAAAGUGUCCCUGCAGGGAUUAAAAACUUCGCUCCCAAAGCAUCUCCAGAAAGUCGAUUUGAAGCAUUUGCAGUUGGGAGGUGACUAUGCCAACAAAUAUUUUCAGGGAGCAGUUGUUUUUUCCUAUCCAUUAACUAGACUUGGAAAUGGAAAAGCAUUCUUCAAAGUUGUACUUCAAGAAUCAGAAAACUCGUAUUCCAGGACUGACACCAUCAAUGUUUUACUAUUUGGGAAGUUGGCAGAGGACUGUGAAAAAGUGGUACAUCAAGGGGAUACUAUGGUGAUAGCUGGAUUCAUCUUGGCUAAAUCUGCCAGCGAAGAUGGCAGGCAUUGCUGCCAGCUGGAAAUGCUCGAUGAGGCUGGGUCAUCUAUUUUUAUUUGUCCUAAGUCACCAUGUACAACAGCUGCUUCAGAAACAGUAGCCAUAUCUGUUGCCCCAAAGUAUACAUAUACUCCUCUGAAUCAUCUGAAAGGCGGUACUGUUGUCAACUUGUACGGAGUUGUGAAAUUCUUCAAACCUCCAUAUAUAAGCAAAGGAACUGAUUAUUGUUUAGUGGUAACAAUUGUGGACCAGUCGGACACUAAGUUGAUUUGCACACUUUUUAAUGCAAACAGAGAUGCCCUUCCAAAAAUCUACAAAAAUGGUGACGUUGUUCGAUUUCAUAGAAUAAAGGUCCAAGAGUUCAGUGGACAGAUUCAAGGAAUUACCAGUAAUGGCUUUGCUGCACUUACUUUUGAUGGCACAGUUGGAGCACCGGUGAUUCCCCGAACCACUAGCAAAUCAUUCACAUUUACUGACGAAGACAAGAAAACUGUAGAAGACUUGCGCAUUUGGGUGGCAAGAAAUUUUGCAAACUGUGCACCAGCAGCAAAUUUGUCAAGCAUCCAGCCACAAAUGUUUUUUGACCUCACUUGCCAGCUAGUUGGGAAAGCAAAAGCAGAUGAGUCAUCCUAUCUCCUUAAGGUGUGGGAUGGUACCAGAUGUCCCUUGCCAUCUUGGAAACUGCUUAUUAAAGAAGAUGAUCUUGAAGGAGAUGGUGUUCUCAUCAACCAACUUAAAAAUCUGACUGUGGAUGUUACAGUAUACGAUAACCAUGUACAGAUGGCAAAAUCACUGAAG